AUGGAGAGAAUCUACCGCCGAGAGCUGGAGAACAACAUCCUAACCGUGGAGCAACCCGAUUCAUCCUCCUCCUCGGACGGCAUCUUCUACUACGACGAAGCUUCCCAGACCAAAAUCCAGCAGGAUAAGCCAUGGGCCACCGAUCCCAACUACUUCAAGCGCGGGAAGACCGAUGGCGAUAUCGUCAUCGUUAUGGACGCUUUCGCCUUGCCUGUUGAAGGCACUGAGACUAGGGUUAAUGCUCAGGCUGAUGCUUAUGAGUAUAUGGUUGAGUACUCUCAGACCAACAAGCUGGCGGGGAGGUUAGAGAAUGUUGUGGGAUGGUAUCACUCUCACCCCGGGUAUGGAUGCUGGCUCUCGGGUAUUGAUGUCUCGACGCAGAUGCUUAACCAACAGUAUCAGGAGCCUUUCUUGGCUGUUGUUAUUGAUCCGACAAGGACUGUUUCUGCUGGUAAGGUUGAGAUUGGGGCGUUCAGGACUUAUCCGGAGGGGCAUAAGAUCUCUGAUGAUCAUGUUUCUGAGUAUCAGACUAUCCCUUUGAACAAGAUUGAGGACUUUGGUGUUCAUUGCAAACAGUACUAUUCGUUGGACAUCACUUACUUCAAGUCAUCUCUUGAUAGCCACCUUCUGGAUCUCCUUUGGAACAAGUACUGGGUGAACACUCUUUCUUCUUCCCCACUUUUCGGCAAUGGAGACUAUGUUGCUGGACAGAUAUCAGACUUGGCUGAGAAGCUUGAGCAAGCCGAGAGUCAGCUGGCGCACUCCCGGUUUGGAGGAGUACCGGCCAGUCUUCACAGGAAGAAAGAGAAACUCUACCAGCACAUCAUUAUGGUUCAACCUAACGAUGGUGCGACGAUCUUGGAGCAAAUGGAUGUUGACAACCAGAUUGCGAAGCUUAUGGUUGAGCUAUCACGGAGUCAGGAUUAUGAGAUUGGUGAUGGCACAACGGGCGUUGUUGUCAUGGCUGGUGCGCUUCUUGGUUUAGGAUGCUGGAAAUUAGGAGCAUGA